GACGUAGAAAUCCUCUCUGAAGGAGGUGUGAUCGUUCACUCAGCCGUCGACGGAGGAGCAGCUCCUUCGUCCCUGGAUGGAAGCAGCUGAGCCGGGGCUGGUUUCAGCUGAACUUCGCCUGAAAAACGGAUAAACCGACCGGACGCCUUAUCAGCGGAUCUCUGAAGUUUUUCUGAACUGAUCGGAAGUCUGAUCGACCAACCGAUUUAAGGAUCAGCUGAUCUGAAGCCCGAUUAAGCCCGAGUCUCACUCGUUUGAUUCACCAGUGGACUGGUUUGGCACUUGAUUGGUCGAGUCUGACCGAAGGCUGGGAAUCCCCAUCAACUAAUUGGAAGCCUGAUCAGCCGCCGAGGAGCCGGGCUGAUUGAUUGAUAGAUUGAUUGAUCGAUCGAUCGAUCGGCACAAUGAGUGGAACAGGGGAGGUGAUGUGUGAAGGCUGGCUGCGAAAAUCUCCGCCUGAGAAAAAGCUCCGGCGUUAUGCGUGGAAGAGGCGCUGGUUCGUGCUGCGAAGCGGUCGACUGAGCGGAGAACCGGACGUCCUGCAGUACUACAAGAACCAACAGUCCCGCCGACCAAUCAGGACCAUCAACCUGAACCUGUGUGAACAGGUGGACGCCGGCCUGUCGUUCACGAAGAAGGAGCUGGAGAGCAGCUUCGUUUUCGACCUGAAGACGGAGGAGAGGAUCUGGUACCUGGUGGCCGAGUCUGAGGAGGACAUGAACCGCUGGGUGUCCUCCAUCUGCCGGCUCUGUGGCUUCAACCCCACUGAUGAAGUUCCAGAGAGACCGGCUGUCUCUGGCCUGUCCUCCGUCACCACAGUGACCAGCGGCACUGCCGCCAUCACCACGGUAGCCGGGUCGGUCCCACCCCCCUACGACCCUGUGAGCGUGCGACACCUGGAGCCUGAAGGCCACGCUGAAGAAGACUACCUGUGGUUAUCACACUGCCAGAGCCACAUCAGGCCUCCUUUAGGUUCCUCCACCUCUCUUGAAACCGACUACAACGACAGCCUCUUCCCUCCUCCCUCUGCCACCUCCUCCUCCUCCUCCUCUUCCUCCUCUCCUUCCCUGCUUCCCAACGGCCUCCAACUUCCAUCUUCCUCUUCCUCCGGCUUUAGGACGGCUCCAUGGAGCGUUGCCUCCAUGACAGGUCCUCUCAGCCAGUCUCUGGAUGCCAGCAUGACCUCUGACCUCCAGAAGCGAGCAGGCAGACCUCGUUGUCACCCUUCCCCUCACCCCAGGAAGCACUCCCUGGAUUUCCACCUGCGUCCCAUGGCAAUACCACUCAGUGAUGGUACACACUCCAACGUGCAUCCAAAUAUACACUCAUACACCACCAGCGGUUACCAGGUCCCCCGGCCGGCAUCCACCCCACAACCACGACCCGCUCGCCGCCCGUCCUCGACCCCGAGUGUGGACUCUCUAACCCAGGCGGAGCUCCAUGCCUCCGCCCCGACACCUCCUCCACGCCCGCCAAAACCCCAUGCGAUCGCAGCCCAGGGAGAGAGCUCAGCUGUGGGCACGGGACCUGCCACACUCCCCCGAUCCACGUUAGAGCCUGAGAGGAAGGAUGGAUACGUGGAAGGGGGAGGUGGAGGUGUGCCGAGGAGUAACACCGUCAGUAUACCGGGACGCACACAAACAGGCUGUGAGUCCUUUCACGUCCCUCGGUCGCUGUCUGACAGAGCGAGCAUGUUUGAGUUCAGCGAGAGCUUCAACAGUUACUUUUUUAAUAAAGGCAUGGUACCUCUGGGUAGUGUUUGCUCCGAAGAUGACGAUGUGGACGAAAACUACGUUCCCAUGAGCGCUGCCACCACUGAGCCUCCUGUUGCUCCAAGGGUGCCUCCACCUCCUCCCUCUGACGCCUUUGUCCAACUCCAAGAUGGCAACUACGUUCCCAUGACGCCCCUCACCCUUCCCCCUCCCACUCACCCCCCCACUGCCACAGGUGACCUGGCUUCCCUGGGUAGACAAGUGCCUCCACCCGUCCACAUGGGCUUCCGUAACUCCCCCCUGACUCCAGCUGCUCCCCUCACUCCGCCGCUACAGAGGAAUACCACGAACGCUGCCAGUGGGUCAGAGGUCGAAGCCAUGCCACCUCCAAUCCACCGCAACCUGAAACCACAACGCAGAGGGACGUGUGUCACUCAGCCUGCGGACAGAAGCGAUGGACAGACCGCUGGAGGACCGACACACAAAACGAGAGGUUUGUCACUUGAGAACAGUCCAGCAGUCAAACCAGCUCCCCUGGACAUCGCUCCAAUGCCGCAGGACUGGCAGGAAGUCCCUCCCCCUGUCCGCUCACCUGUCACAAGAACCUUCACACGAGAUCCCUCCAGCUGUCGGUCAGUCAGGCCGAACUCUUCUCACAGCUCGUCCCCGUCCUCCGACUCAGACGAACCUGAUGACAGCUACGUCUCCAUGUCCACCUCCAACCUCAGUUUCAGUGCUGGGGAGCCGUCUCUGAGGCUUAUGCUGCACAGGGCCUCAGAGGGCGGAGUCAGCAGCCCGUUGCUACGGCGAGGCAGAGGCGACAAACAGGUGGAGUACCUUGACCUGGACCUCCACACUGGGCGAUCGACACCAACACGACAGAAACGCUCCACGGAGGAAGGUGGGAACGACGGCAACACGCAGGCCGGAGCCGAUGAGGAGCGUGCACGGUGUGAGCGUACACGUGUGGACUACGUGGUGGUGGACCCCAAAAGGACCAAGGCCCUGAGAAACACCAGGGAAGCAUGGCAUGAUGGGAGGAUGUCCACAGAGAAGGAGAAAUGCUAGAAAUCCACAGGAAAACAAAAAACAGACAUGCUUUCUUUAAAAGUAAUAAAUGACAUCAGAGGCAGACGUAAUCUGUGCAAUAAAAUAAAAUGAAAUUAUUAGGAGUUUAUAAGUUUUAACUAAUGCUUCACUAGUGUAAAAACCCCCUGAACGUUACGUGUUGGAAGGACUCUGGAAGUCUCUGAGUCUGUGCCGAGUCUGUCUCCCACUACAAAUGGUUUCGUUUUUAAAGACGACUCAGCAACUUCUUAAAAUAUUAAAUGCAGUUUUUAGAGAAAGUAUUCAAACAGGUAGAACUAGUGUGUUCUAGUUUUGGCGUUGGAUUAACCCACAUUUGUCAGUUUAGUGUCUUACUGGUCUAAAUGUGUGUUCAGUUUCUAAUAGAUAAGAUACGCCUUUAUUAGUCCCACAGUGGGGAAGUUACUUCCUCAGCAGCAAAGAGGAAGAUACAGUAAGAUACGGGCACUCAGAAUAAACAGAAGAUCAAGCUGCACCUCCGUCUGUCUGCACACGAGUCAAACCAAGCAUCAGAGCUGGGAUUUUAAACUUCAUGUUUCCUGCUGAAUGAGAGAAAAACAUGUUGAACUGUGGCAACAAAUCAGACGUUUAAUUCACGAAUGAAUUUCAUCCUGCAGCGAGGGAUUGUGUCAGAUCAGAUCCGUCCUCGCGACGGGUUUAAUGUUACUGCUGAGUUCAUUCAUUCAUUGUGUGAAGUGUCCCCAGAGCAACGACUGUCCAACUGAAUAAACAACUGAACGCUG